GUAAGAAACCGACUGAAAUAGAAACAUAUUCAUUUCGAUUCUCUUUACACCCCAUCUAACAAUCAUGGCGAGUCCGGAAGAGAACUUUCCUAUCGAUGAGUCCACCACUCGAAGCAAUGAGAAGGAAGCGAUUGACACGAGUCAACCAUUCACCUAUGGAGAACGCGUCGACGGACCACUCCUCCUAGCAUUGCUGAUGGGAAACAACGAUGCUAAUGAAUGGGCCGCGGCUCAACCAGCUUCAGAGAAUGCUGUUUCUGAUACCUUAAAUCCCAACUACUAUGCUCUGGAGUUGAGCUCCACUGUAAAUGGCGUCGAAAAAGCAAUCGAUAACGACCCAUCCUCUAUCGCCGGCGAGGAUGGACCACUUCUUUUCGCACUGACGUUAAACAAUCACAACAACAACAACAGCGCACCAAACCGGGAUCCUAAUGCGCAAGCAAAAAGCGCCAUUUCCGAUACUUUAGAUCCUAGGUGUGUUACUCUUGAGUUGAAGACUCCUGUGGGUACCAAUGCAGAUACCAAUGAUGUUUCCGUCGAAAUUGGUGGUGAAGAUGGACCACUUCUUUUCGCACUGUUGUUAAACAAUCAAAACAAUAACAACAACCCAAACCAGAUUCCCAAUAUGAAAGAAACCAACGCAUUUUCCGAUACUUUGGAUCCUAGAUGUGUUACUCUUGAGCUACAAACUCCUGUGGGUACCAAUGCAGAUGCUAACGAUGUAACCGUUGAAGACAGUGGUGAAGACGGUCCACUCAUAUUCGCAUUGAUGCUUGGGAAUCAAAACAACAACAACGCGCCCAAUCCUAACACUCAAAACAAUGGAACCCCAAUUGCCGAUUCUUUGGAUUCUAGACAAUUCACUCUAGAGUUGGACGCUCCUAAAGACAGCAGUGCGAACGAUUCUGACCAACUCAUCAGCGAGGGUGAUGGUCCUCUGCUUUUAACGAUGCUACUUGCAAACCAGAACCAGAACAAUGGCAAUAAAGCUGUGGAAGCAGCUAUGAAGCAACCGAUUGCGGAUACCUUGGAUCCCAGUGAUACUAUCACCAAAGCUGUCUCGGAUGUUAUGGAGAUGAAAACCCAGUUAUUAGAGCUGCACCCCUCUAAAGAUACUAUUACCGAAGCUAUCCCCGAUGUUUUGGAAAUGAAGACUCAACUGCUAGAGUUACACUCGCCUGGAAACGACGAGGCCAAUAGCAUCCCCGUCAUGCUAAAGGUGAAUUCUCAAGCUCAAAAAGCACAGAUACUCGCAAUACUUCAAGGCCGUUCAAUUCCAGUAGCCAUCGCUCCGAAUGGUACCAAAGGGAGUUUUGCAAAUGAAAAACUUGACAGGGCGCAAGUCGCCGCUGCCAAUUUGCAAUCCAAGCCCCAAGUGGCUCUCAACGAGGCCAAAGAUGGUAAUUUGAGCGACGAGCAGCUACAGUUUUGGAGAGAAAAUGGAUAUCUUGUUAUCCCAGAUACACUAUCGGAUAGCCAAAAAGAUAACUUGCUUAAAACUGUACAUGAAGCGGCACAAGUACUUGCCGGUGGUGGCGAGAGAGUACAAAAACAUACCUAUCUCCCAGGACAGAAGUCUUAUGUGAGUCCUGUGGGUCGAGCACUCGCCACAUUAAGUGAACAUGGCUUCAACCCCGACGUCGAACCCCUAAAGCGCAUCCAACGCAUCGGUUGCGGCGUCCACCGCGUCAUGCCUCCAUUCCGAAAAUACAUCAUUAGUCCCUUCCAUUCUACACUCGCUAGAUCCCUCGGCUACAAAGACCCACGCAUCUACCAAAGUUUGAUCAUCGUGAAGGCUGCGGAGGUCGGCGCGCGCGUGGUUCCUCACCAAGAUGGCUGUUCGGGAUUCACGAAUCCAUCGAGUUGCACGACUUUCUGGUAUGCGCUUGAAGAUUGCUCGAUGGAGAAUGGAUGUUUGGCGGUUGCGCCGGGGAGUCAUCGCGUACAGCCAAUCACGAGACGUUGCAGGACUAAUGCAAAUGGACAACCAGAGUUUGUUGAUUUGGAGAAGCCGGUUUAUGCAGAGAUUGAGGGGGUGGAUGAUUCGACUCUGCCAAAGAGGAAUGAGAAGGGGGAGUUUGAAUAUAAGAAAUUGGAGGUGAAAGCAGGGACUUUGAUAUUGAUGCAUGGUAAUUUGAUGCAUAAGAGCGAGGCGAACCAUAGUAGUAAGAGUCGCGUUGCGUUUAACUUUGGAGUUGUGGAGGGUGAACACGGAUGGUUAGAAGACAAUUAUCUUCAGCCUUAUGAAGGAACGGCAGAGUUUGAGAAGUUAUAAAGCAAUUAUAUAGUUCGAAUCUUAUUUUCGUCUAUGGUACGAACGCUAAUAGCAAAUCAAGAGUUUGAAUCGGAUCAGGAAAACUUGUUCACUAACUUUAGUAAAAAAAACUAAAACGUGUAAAUCUUUUAAGGUGUUUUCAAGCAGGUAUGG